AUGGAUAGCCUGCCUAAGAGAGACGCCAACUACGUCCCUCUUAGCCCCGUCACCUUCCUGACGAGGGCCGCCAAUGUCUACGCCGAUCGCAUCUCCGUCGUGUACGGCGCCACCAGCUUCACGUGGCGGCAGACGCACCGCCGCUGCCGGCGACUCGCCGCCGCCCUCCAGGCGCUCGCGGUCUCCAAGAACGACGUCGUGUCCGUUCUUGCGCCCAACACGCCGGCGCUGUACGAGCUGCACUUCGCCGUGCCGAUGGCCGGCGCGGUGAUCAACGCCAUCAACACCCGCCUCGACGCGGCGAACGUGGCCUCCAUCAUCAAGCACGCCGAGCCGAAGGUGCUGUUCGUCGACUACCAGUACAUCCGCGUCGCCACCGACGCGGUCAAGGCUGUCAUGGGGGAGGUCCGGGCGUUGCCGCUGCUCGUCGUCAUCGACGACAUCGACAGGCCGACGGGUGCUCGCGUGGGCGAGCUCGAGUACGAGCAGCUGGUGGCGCGGGGCGAUCCGGCGAGGUAUCCGCCUCGGCCGGUGGAGGACGAGUGGGACGCCGUCGCGCUCAACUACACCUCCGGCACGACGUCGGCGCCCAAGGGCGUCGUGUACAGCCACCGCGGCGCGUACCUGAACACCAUGGGCCUUCUUCUCCAGUGGGGCGUCGGCCACGAGCCGAUCUACCUGUGGUCGCUCCCGAUGUUCCACUGCAAUGGCUGGACCUUCACCUGGGGCGUGGCGGCGCGCGGCGGCACGAACGUCUGCAUCCGCGCGCCGACCGCCGACGCCAUGUACUCGGCCUUCGCCGCGCACGGCGUCACCCACAUGUGCGCCGCGCCGGUGCUCUUCAACAUCCUCCUCGAGGCGUGCCGGGAGCCGCUGCCACGCCCCGUGGAGGUGCUCACCGGCGGCGCGCCGCCGCCAGCGGCGCUCCUCGAGCGCGUCGAGCGGCUCGGCUUCCACGUCACGCACGCCUACGGCAUGACGGAGGCGACCGGCGUGGUGAUGGUGUGCGAGUGGCGCGAGCAGUGGGACGCCCUGCCGCCGUCGGAGCGCGCGCGGCUCAAGGCCCGGCAGGGCGUGAGCGCUCUCACCCUCGCCGACGCCGACGUGAAGGACCUCAAGACCAUGAAGAGCGUUCCCCGCGACGGCGCCACCAUGGGCGAGGUCGUGCUCCGCGGCAGCAACGUCAUGAAGGGGUACCUCAGGAACCCGCGCGCCACCGCGGACGCGUUCCGGGACGGGUGGUUCCUCACCGGCGACGUGGGGGUCAUCCACCCGGACGGGUACGUGGAGAUCAAGGACCGGUCCAAGGACGUGAUCAUCUCCGGCGGCGAGAACAUCAGCAGCGUGGAGGUGGAGGCCGCGCUGUACCAGCACCCGGCGGUGCGGGAGGUGGCGGUGGUGGCCAUGCCGCACCCGCACUGGGGCGAGACGCCGUGCGCGUUCGUGUCGCUGAAGCGGGAGUUCUCCGGCGCCGGCGAGGUGAGCGAGCAGGAGGUGGUGUCCUUCUGCCGGAACAGGAUGGCGCACUUCAUGGUGCCGCGGAAGGUGGUAUUCGUCGAGGAGCUGCCCAAGAACUCGACGGGGAAGGUGCAGAAGCUCGCGCUGCGCGACAUGGCGCGAGGCCUCCGCCUCAGGGCGGCCGACAAGGCGACGCCGCCGGCCGCCCCUGGCCCUGCCCGCCAUGGAGCAUCGACUCCAGCUGCUAGGCUUUGACUUUCUGCUGACGUGUCCUGCACGGUUUUGCUAACGGUUCCUCGAUCCGCUCUGAGAUUCGUGCCAGAAGGAUCAAAGAAAAAAAAAAUCAAAUCACACGUGUGGUCGGGUCAUUCCUCACGUGCAUAACCACUACUACUCUGCUUCACGUUUUUCUUUAAAAAAAGUCAGUCACAGUACAUUUAAUCAUGGUUAUAUAUGUUAAGAUACAUUGUAAUUGUAAUUAUGCUAUAGUGAAAAAAAUAUGCUGUAUGAUAUAAAUGGACAGUCCCGUCAAGAAACUAUGUACACUGGUUUAUGUCAGUACAUGACA